AUGUUCACGGCGGCGUUGUUUUUCGUGUUUGUGGCUCUGAUCGUCAAGUUUUUGCAGCAGCGAUGGAUACGGUUCCAGUAUUUCAAACGGAUGGGCAUUCCAGGUCCUCAACCUCAUUUUCUCUGGGGUCACUAUCGAGAGCUGCGCGAAAACCACGUUCUCUGGGAGGAACGAUGGAAAGCCCAAUACGGGAAAACGUUCGGUGUGUUCUGGGGCGAUAAGCCAUUUUUGAUAACGUCCGACCCUGUCAUGGCGAAGCAGGUUCUGGUCCGCCAGUUUUCUAAUUUCGUUAAUCGCGCGGAGCAGUUCGCUCUCGAAAGAGCGCAUCCGAUCGUUCAGCACGUGGUGGCCUUGGAGAAAGAUGAGCACUGGAAACGCACCCGCCUGCUGCUUAGUCCUGCGUUCUCCGUCGCGAAAAUGAAGAACAUGAUCAGUAUGAUCGAGAAGUGCGUCGACGAGUUCGAGAGCAACCUCAGGAAGAGGGCGUCCGGGAAGCAAUUCGACGUGUAUCCUCUAAUCAAACGGCUCUCCAUCGACAACAUCUGCGGCAUAAUUUUCGGGAUCGAGACGAAACUGCAGGAGAACCCCGAAGAAGACUCCGUUUUCCUGAGAGCUACUCUGAAAGUUUUCGAAGCGGAUCCGCAUGGUCUCUUGGAUCUGAUUUGUAACAGUUUCACCUCGGUCAACAACUUCCUCAGUUCGAUUCUCUAUCUGCUACAGUAUCUGAGGAUUGUACCUCAUGUGCUCAACGACAUGAUCGAUGAGGUCGAGAACAUAGUCAAAGCUCGCCGAAAGUCACCUCCACGGAAAGACUUGAUGCAAUCUCUCCUGGACCAUCAACAGAUCAGCUCUGACGGCGCUCCACUGAAAGCGACGGACGCCGCAGAAGAUCAGAAAGCGUCAUUCGGUAAAACAAUUUCGGCCCGACUGACGAAUGAAGAAGUCGUGGCGAGUGCUAUCGUGAUGUUCGCUGCAGGCUACGAAACCACGGGCACCGCAACGGCUUUCACCUUCAAGUGUCUCGGCUCACAUCCGGACAUUCAACGACGACUACGCCGAGAGAUCAACGAUGCUACCCGAGGCAAACCGCUUAGUUACGACACGGUGAUGUCCUUACCGUAUCUCGACGCCGUCAUCCGAGAAUCUCUACGUCUCUACCCUCCGCUCACCAAUAUGAUUCAUCGCGUGGCAUCCCAGGACACGGAGAUCAACGGCUUGAAGAUCCCGGCAGGGCUCAGCAUCCUUUUCCCGACGAAAGUGAUGCACUCCGACGAGGACUUCUGGGAAGAUCCGAAUCGUUUCGAUCCCGAGCGUUUCCUCAAGAAGAAUUAUGAUGCCUUCACGUAUCAGCCUUUCGGUGACGGUCCCAGGAACUGCCUUGGCAUGAGGUUCGCUCUACUGACAAUGAAGUUGACUCUAUGCAAGAUAUUGCCGAAAUUCGAGGUUGUCGCUACUGAGGAACCUGUCGUCGAAGUUGUCCGCAUCGUAUGUCGACCUGCUCAGCUGAACAUCUCUGUAGAGGAGAUCGCUCCUUGAAUGCCGCCUUCGGAGUGGAAUCGUGCUUCAACCACCGGAACCCCUGCAAUCUUGGGAAUGUCCGUCAUUCACUGUCAAAUAUGUCACCGACAAUGACUCAUCUUCAUCGGCUCAGUUGACCUAGCUGCCGAUGGAUAGUCAGCAACGCGCGCCGCUUUAUCGUCAGGUGUCUGAAGAGCUCGGCUGCUUUCC